AUGGAAAAGCCGGAAGUCAGUGAUUCGUUAUAUGUACCGGCUGGGCAAUUUUCAUUUUGCAUUCCGCAUGCUGGUCUCUACAAAGUUACACUGGAUGCUUGUCACAAAUUUGACAAGCCAUUCUAUGAACUAAGGAUACCCCAGGAUGUCCCGCUUGCGGCCAGUGCUACGAAAUUCAUGAUUUCUGCUUCAGUUGAACUAAACCCUGAGGAUUUGGCGUUUGAUGAUAUGGAAUUGCUCAUUAAAUCGUAUUCCGAUGAACAGACAGUCCCGGUUACUUCAUCUUCAGCGAAUAAAUUAAUUUUUACCUCUUAUUUAUCAUAUCUAGAUACAGUUGCACCAAUUACGCUUGUGCCACAAUCAAAAACCUAUCUGUUCAAUCCAACUUCUCAUGUUUUUCAUUUUAAUGGCGAAUGUCAUUUGGAUGAGAUAACUUUUAAAGCUGACAAGGGCGUCUUCUUGGAGGGGCGCGUAAUGCCUGCAGUUGAAGGUGUUGAAAUCCGAUCAUCACACAGCAAAGAUCCGAAUGUCAUUCUUAAAGGAAAAAAUGGAUAUAAAUUCGAGAAAACCGAUGAACUUGGAGUGCUCCGAGCCAUCAAGCUUUCACAGUUAAUCGUUGUAGCGACAGAUGUUGAAACUGGGAAGCCGCUUUCGAGUCGUCCGGGCGAAUAUUUUUUGCGACCUAUACUGCAGGAGUAUCAAUUUGAGCCGAAAUCUUUAACGAUAAACAUUAAUGAAGGUGAACUUGAAACAGUUAGCGUGAAAGGGCAUCGAUUCGCAUACAGUGUUUUUGGCAAAGUUUCACAUCCUGCUGGACAGCCAGUAUCUUCGAUGGUUGUGGAAGCAGUGUCGGAGCAGUGCAGCCAGUUGCAGGAAGAAGAUACGACAGAUGAACGUGGUGAAUAUCGUAUACGUGGUCUUCAUCCAAAUUGCGUUUAUCGAUUAGUUCUGAAAACUCCAAGUGGUCAACGAAUGAAAUCCUAUCCGAGAUAUUACGAUAUUACGGUAUGUUCCAUCUUUAAGGCCAAAUCUCGAGAUUUUUUAACUCAAAUUUUCACAUCUUCCGCCAAAAGCUCGCUUCCCGUUUUGUGGCUAAAAUGAAA